GGCUGAGGGGCAGGCAAGAGCCUUGCAGGGGCCAAGCCAGGUGUCCCCACGACAGCAGCAACAGGGCAAGGAUGGGGGGCACCACCGCCGCCUCAGAUGGGCCCACCCCCACCAUGUCUGUCAGGAUCUUCUCUGCAGGGGUGGCCGCCUGCCUGGCUGACAUCAUCACCUUCCCGCUGGACACAGCCAAAGUGCGGCUGCAGAUCCAGGGCGAAAGCCCGGUGUCCAGUGGCAUCCGGUACAAGGGCGUCCUGGGCACCAUCAGCACCGUGGCCCGGACGGAAGGGCCUCUGAAGCUGUACGGGGGGCUGCCCGCCGGGCUGCAGAGACAGAUCAGCUUUGCCUCGCUGCGCAUUGGGCUGUACGACUCGGUGCAGGAGUUCUUCUCUGGCAAAGACAAACCAGCUACUCUGGGGAACAAGAUCUCGGCUGGGCUGACGACUGGGGGAGUGGCCGUGUUCAUCGGGCAGCCCACUGAGGUGGUGAAGGUCCGGCUGCAGGCCCAGAGCCACCUGCACGGCCUCAAGCCUCGCUACACAGGGACCUACAAUGCCUACUGGGUGGUGGCCAACACUGAGGGAAUCCUGGGUCUCUGGAAAGGGACCAGCCUCAGCCUGACACGCAACGUCAUCAUCAACUGCACAGAGCUGGUGGUAUACGACCUGAUGAAGGAGGCGCUGGUGAGGAGGAAGGUGCUCGCAGAUGACGUCCCCUGCCACUUCGUGUCGGCCCUGGUGGCCGGGUUUUGCACGACGGCUCUGGCUUCUCCAGUGGAUGUGGUGAAAAGCAGGAUCAUUAAUUCCCCGCCGGGCUUCUACCCUCAUGUGCACGACUGCGCCUUGGCGAUGCUCACCAAGGAGGGGCCCACGGCCUUCUUUAAAGGGUUUGUGCCCUCCUUCCUGCGGCUUGGCUCCUGGACCGUCAUCAUGUUCAUGACCUUUGAGCAGCUCAAGCGGGAACUGAUGAAGUCCCGGCAGACGGUGGACUGUACCACAUAGGGGCACAGGCCGGGACUGCCGGGGGCUCUGCCGCUUCUCUUCACUCCGAGAAUAAAGGAGCCCUGGCAGAGAGCUGUGACACCUUUUCAUGACAGCUCUGCCCGUUUCCAGAGGCUUCUUGAGGCCAUGAGGCGGGGGAGCACUGCUCUCUAUCUCCAGAGGCCCUAGGUCUGAUGCCCAUCUGGGUGGGCGGUAGGGCAGGAUGGAAUGUCGUGAUUAACUAGGAGGGACUUUAGUUGUAGACAAGUGGAAGGCGGACUGUGUGGAAUGCAUUUUAUAUUUAUGAAUGCUCAAACCAAAGAGUUGCCUCAGAAAAUGUGACUGUUUUCUCUUUACUUAUUAACCCAGUCGCCAGUUACUCUAUUAAUAAAGGACUGCUAAAACCCC